AUGAUUUUGAACAGUAUUGGUAACGUUUGGGCAUUCUUGCUUUGUUUCGCCAGCUGCGAAGUCUUGACAACGCAUUUCAGCAAGGCCGAUGUAUCAAUCUCUGGCACUUUGGUUGAAGAGCAGCAGAAAAGGUCAUCUCUUGACUGUAUGAGACAUUGUUUCAAGCAGAAGGAAUCAUGCGAUGCUGCAAGAUUUGACAAAGGAAGCAAAGUUUGUCAGUUGAUAUCUCUCCUUGGAAACCAGACACAGUGGCUGCCUAGUGACGGUGUCUGGAAAAUAAACAAGGUUCCAACUGGACCAACAUGUGACGUAGGAUGGGUGUCCUCAGGUUAUGCCUGCUUUCUCGUCGUAACGUCGCCAAUGACAUUGGACGCUGCACGCAACAACUGCGAGAGUUUUGGUGCCAAACUGGCCUCCAUCUCCGACGCCAAUGAAAACCAAUUUGUCAUUGAUCUCCUGACGGCUGAAAGCGUCUAUGAGUACGUUUGGAUUGGCGGAAGUGAUGUGCUGUAUGAGGGGACAUGGGCGUGGGAUGAUGGGGAGGCGUUCGAUUUUGACUUCUUCCUGCCAGGUCAGCCUGAUGGGGGAACACAGAACUACAUGGUCAUAGAUGGGUCGAGUUAUUACUCUUACUACUCCUCAUACUACCAACAGUUCGGCUGGCGAGACCUUGGAGCAACUGGGUCCUACAUGUCACUCUGUAAAAGUGGCUGA